GUACAGAAUCCUACGGCUACCAAGAUCCCACGUCAACACUAAUAAUAACCUCGUCAGUGAACGGUAGAAAAUAGGUCAAAAUCAAACUUAUCCAGAAAACCGACGGCGCUCCGUCGCCGUCCUCCGACGAAUUCCGGUUCUGCUUUCCUUCCGAUUUAUAUACCUCUCCAUUCCCUCCACUCGACGAGAACCAAUUCUCUGAAUAGCUCUCCUCCUUCCUCGCGCGGAAUCUUUUUUCCCUCACCGGAAAAAAGAAACACCGGGAAGGAAAAACCAAAAAAAAUAAAAAACACCCAAACAAAGUAUAAAAAAUGCUUCUCCGGAGCUCCUCUACGCCGGCCCUGAAGAACCUGGUGGGUCAAUGCUCCGUGGUGCCGGAAAUCGACGCCGCCAGUACGCCCUCCCACGUCAGCCCUAAAUACUCCCCGCUCCGCCAGGUCCCGCCCGCGCUUUCCUUGAAGCGGACCUCAUCGGAGGGAGAUCUGAAAUUGUUUUCCUCCAAGAAGGGGAAAUCCAAGAAGCAGAUCAAGGAUGGAACGAGCCCUCUCCACUACUCGCAGCUCCGACCUCCGCCGUCCUCGGCCGCAAUCACGGCCGUGCCGGCUUCGUCUAGGACGGCGCCGCUGCAGAGGACCUCCUCGGAAGGGGAUCUGAAAUUGAGGGGGAUUUCGUCGUUAGAGGAGGCGUCGAGAAGCGUCGUCGCGGCGUUGGAGUCGGCGGGAGGACCCGGCGGCCGUGGCGAGGGAGGGUUUUCAGGCGGCCGAGGAGGAGACGGCGAGGACGGGAUCUGGGGUGAGCUGCCGCCGCAGGGGACGGAAUCGAUGGACAAGUAUUACAGGGAUAUGAUCACAAUGUACCCAGGCGACGCCCUUCUGCUGUCCAAUUACGCCAAGUUCUUGAAGGAGGCCCGCGGCGACGCCGCGAGGGCGGAGGAGUUCUGCGAGCGAGCCAUCCUGGUGAGCGGCGGCGACGGCGGCGUCCUGUCCAUGUACGGAGAUCUCAUCUGGAACAACCACAGGGACGGCGGCCGUGCUAACACCUACUUCAAUCAGGCUGUCAAGUCUUCCCCCGACGACUGGCCAUGUGAUAGCAUCGUAUGCUCGAUUCCUGUGGGAUGUAGCAGAAGAGGGAGAAGAAGAGGAGGAGGAGGAAGACGAAGAGGUGGAAGAAGAACAAGCCCAACAAUUCCAGCCGCGUAGGAUGCCGCAAGCCCACCAGCCGGCCCAUAGGUUCUCUAUUGGGUUUGGAACUCAAUUGGGCUUCCCUCCACUAACAGCUUCUACCACCUGAAGAAAAGAAGAAAAUCAGAAACAAGGGAAAGAUAUUGAGGGACUACUUGCCCCAAUUUCCCUUGAUUUCCCUCCUUCUAAUAUGAAGUACAAUUAUAUGAACAGAGGUUAAUUACAUGUUGUUAACAAUUGGCCGUUUUAGAGGUUGGCCAGUGGGAUUAAUUGGUGUUCUUUUUGUUUUAAUUACAAUUCGUGUAAUGGAGUACUUGAUAUAUAAUAUAUCCUCCCCUGUCGCCGCGUUUGUGCAAGGCAUACUGCAUUUUGUAACAAGCUAACGGAAUGAUAAUAUAUAUGGUGUAAUAUCGUCGUUGAAAUAAGAU